AUGUUUGGCUUAACUUGUAAAAUUAAAGCCCCAGGAAAAAAGGGAAAAAUUGGGGGGGGGGCUCCUCUGCCUCUAGAGGUCCUUCAGCAAUCAGAAACUCACCAGCCCCACAAAUCCCGGAGGGUCGACGUCCCGAAUGUAUGGAGUCCCUCUUCAUCCUCUGGACCAGACGCAGCGCGGUCAUGCUCACUUCGUGCUGCUUCUCCUCGAACUGGAGUUGGGAUGCGAACCGUAGGAUGUAUAUGCAUGGGUCUGGAAUCAUAG